UUUCGGAACGAGACCAGCGACGUGUAACCCUUUUUUCCACGCGGGGUUGCGUGAGGGUUACGGGACAUGUGUGCCACGUGGGCUGAGACGGAAGGUCCACCUGCCGCUCCUGCUGAGUGGGAUUAGGCGAGCAGGCACGACGGAUGGCCUGAGCCUCGGAGCAAAUGGACCAUUUACGAAAAUCGAAAGAUGAUCCGCCGCCGCCGUGCAUCUUUCCCGGAUUUCCGCAUCGACGAGGUCGCCGGUCCACCGUGAUUAGGCUGGAUUUCGGAUCGAUUCUAGCCCUGAUGAUGCUGAGCACGGCCGGUGUCUCGUCUUCCCAUAUACCCGAUAAAUAUCCCAUAGAAGUAUAUCAUAUGUUACAAGAAAGAACACAAUUUGGAAUCAGCCAUGAUAACAGGAUAAGAGGAACUUGGGGAACGUGGAGUUCAUGGAGCGAAUGUUCUAGAUCUUGUGGCACUGGUAUCCAGUCCCAAUUUCGAGAAUGUGUCCCUCUACGGAGACUUUUGAGGAGGCGAAGUAUUAUCUCGGAGAACGGUACGAACAGCUCCAGACCCAUUUGUAUCGGCACAUACAAGCGCUACCACACGUGCAAUACGCAGGAAUGCCCGAACUUCUCGGAAGACUUGCGGGCGGAACAGUGCUCCAAGUACAACGGAAGGAACUACAAGGGCCGCAGUUAUGUCUGGAUGCCCUUCGUAGAUGCGCCGAACUCCUGCGCGCUCAAUUGCCGUGCAGUCGGCGAGCGUUUUUACGCAACGCUUGAACCGGCAGUAAUAGACGGCACGCCCUGCGAUGCUCCGAAUCUUCGUGGACGCGGCGGCGCCGGCGGGAUUUCGACGGAACGCAGUGGUGAACGAUGGCUCUGCGUCGCUGGACAAUGCAAGCUUAUAGGAUGUGACGGAGUAGUGGGCUCCGGUGCAACGAUGGAUGCCUGCGGCGUGUGCGGUGGUCAGGGCAGAGGGUGCAGGUUGUUUGAAGGCAUCUUCAUGGAGCCGAUUCUGUCUAAGGGUCAUCAGCAGGUGACUACGAUUCCGAAGGGUGCCAUGUCGCUUAACAUUUCUGAGCUCCGAUUCAGCAGUAAUUUUCUAGCGUUGAGAGACAGUAACGGCAGUUACAUCCUAAACGGACCGUGGUCUUACAGUCCCAGUGGUACUUAUAAAGCGGCUGGUACGACAUUAACAUACCAGAGGGGCGAUAGGAACCGUAUGGAGUGUAUCUUGGCGACCGGACCGUUGAACGAGUCUCUGCAUUUAGAGAUUUUAUCCGUGGAAUUAAAUCCAGGUGUACUGUACAAGUACAUGCUACCUAUGAAGGAAGUGCCGGACGGUAAAGCGGUGAUUGCACCGCCGCUGCUUGUCGCAGGAGCAAACGAUCGGGGCAACGAGAUACCUAGUCCAGAUACUCACGUAACUGUGCGAAUACCCGUUACAAGAACAUCGGAUCGGCGAAGCGAUUUAUCUUCGACGCGUCGCGAUCGCGAUCCGCCGCGUGCGCGCGAUGGCGGACGGAAGGAAGAGAUGAAGCAUCCACCGACUACGGUGAUGGCGGGCGAUCAGCCAAAGUCAAAGGCGAUGAGAAGGAGGAAGAGGAGGAAGUUCACCUGGAAAAUAGUCGGCCUCUCUCCCUGCUCAAAGGAAUGCGGAGGAGGCGUACGAACGACGAUCCUGAAGUGCAUCCGCGAAAAUAAUCAGACACUCGUCAACGACAAACGUUGUCGCAACGUGGAGAAACCGAAGCAUCCUCCUCCGCUGCGAUGCAACGAUCAUCCUUGCGCCGCUAGAUGGCGAGCCGAGCCGUGGAGCGAGUGCUCGGUCACCUGCGGGAUCGGCAUCAGGACGCGAAAACUCGAGUGCAUCCAGGAGUUGAACGCGAGAUUAACAAUGCGCGUUGCUGCUGGUGCGUGUAUGCAACCGCCAGAUCUCAGCAUUACAGAAACUUGCAGUCGGCCAACGUGUCCUAACGUGAGCCCAGAAUUGAGGCACAUGCCAUCGCAGCACGACGUGCCUAGGUGGGACGUGGGCGCUUGGGGUCCGUGUUCAGCGACGUGCGGUCGUGGAAUUCGAAAUCGAACGGUGACUUGUAUAACGUCCGGACAGUCUUGUUUGUUAGCCAAUAAACCAGAAUCCCAAAAAGCGUGCGAGAUAGCGGUUUGUAAUGAGGCGACAGACACGGGACAUUAUGCGCCCUGGCUAUAUUCAGAAUGGUCUUCAAAGUGCUCCGCAGAAUGUGGAAACGGUGUGAGGGUCAGACGAGUGGCAUGCGCCGAUGGUAGCGAGUUAUUCUGCAAUCCCAAAGAGAGGCCGGACACGGAGAUGCAUUGCUUCGGACAAGGAAUGACCUGCAACCGAGCCAAGUGGUUUGCUAGUCCAUGGACUUCCUGUUCUGUUUCGUGUGGGGUUGGCGUGCAGUAUCGAGAUGUCGCUUGUAUAACUAGAAUGAAUGAUGAAUUUAUUGUAGUAGCUGCACAAAAUUGCAGCGAUCCCAAACCAAUAACUGAGCAAGUCUGUAGAAUGUCUGCAUGUCUUCCGGAAUGGUUCACCUCAGAUUGGUCGACGUGUUCUGCAAUCUGCGGAGUUGGAAUUCAAAAUCGACUUGUACGAUGCACCGUCGAAGGUAUCAGCAGCACUAGUUGCUCAAAAAUUAGUAAACCAAGCGCAGAACAACAAUGUAACAUGGAGCCGUGCAAGAAAGAAGUGCCACUAGCGCACAAACCGCCAAAAAAGGUGCACGAGUCGUCCGAGUGCGUAGACAAGUAUCCGAAUUGCGUUUUAGUAGUAAAGAAUGGCCUGUGCCGAAUUAAAUAUUAUAAGCAUUCGUGCUGCCAAUGCCGUCAGUAACUGGGGAUAGCAACUUUGUGCUCGCUCGUGAUUUUGCGAAUGAGCGGCUGACGAGCAUGAACGUUGAAUAAAAUAUAAAUAUUAGAUCGGAAAGGGCAAAUUAUGCCGAGUGUAAGACUGCUACAAAGAGAGAUGACCACGUAUAUAUAUGUAAUUUUAUUUAUAUUACGUGACGCGACAUCGAAUUAUACGUGUCUUAGUCAUGCUUUUUUCUGCCGAAUGUAACAUAAUUCUCCGGAGCGGCAGAAUUCUUUUCCUUUUUCUUCUUUUAAAUGUUCAUAACGAGAAUGUUUGAUCUUUCUUGAAAGUUUGACUACGAAUAUUGGAUAAAUUUUUGGAAAAAAACAGCUUAAGAUAAAAUUAACAAAUAAGAGAUAAAU